CGGCAGAUGCGUCGCAGCUGUCGGCCCGGCCGGUCCUCUCGCCCCGCGCAACCUUCGCCCCGCGGCUCGCGCAAUCGCGGCUAACAGUUUUAUUUUCCCGAAUAAACUUUAUCAAACAAAGCGUGCGUGCCCCGCACCCUGCAUCUGCUCGCCCAGCUGUUCCCGCUGCAGCUGCCCGCACCGUCUCGCUCUAUCGCAGCGACCCGCGCCCGCGUCCGAGCGAGAUGAAUAACAACUAGUGUGAUCGCAUCGAGACCCUUCAGUUCCCCGUGCACGGCCCACUCGUAGUUCGGAUCCAGACGCCGGCGGGCUAACUGUGACUAUGACGAGUAAGCGCAAACGCGAUCGCGACAAUGAAACCGAGCGGCAUCUGAAACGUCAACGAAGGCGAAAGCGUUCACGCAGCGUACCACUGAUGAACGACCCGGAUAACGCCGAAAAGCGUCAAGCGCUGAAGCGGCUGUUCGGGCGGAUCUGCUCGGUGGAGAUGGACAACGAAGGCCCGGCGACGGGUCUGUCCGACACCAGCGACGUGGACAGCCGCGACGCCUACGGGGACGAGAACGACGACCCCCUGCUGGACUCGGUGCCCGUUGACAUGGACCCGGAGCAGUUGGGCUUCUUGGUGUGCGCGCAGGAGACGCUGCGUUUCUUGCACGGGCGCGGCAUCCCCAUCGAGCAUCCCGUGUUCUCACGGCUGCGUAUGCGCCUUCUCCGCGGCAUCGGGGAAAUGGCGAUGGCCUGAGCGAUGCUCGGCCCAGAGCCCGCCAGAAACUAAUCCCGCUUCUGUCUUCUCUCUCGGACGUUACUCUGUGUGGUUUAUGUCAUUUAGUGUCAAUCGAUGUGAUCUCCCCAAACGAACUAUUCCUACAGCCAGGGCUCUGGUUUAGUGUAAGGUAUCUCGAUGUAAAAUUGUUGUUGUGUAUCAAAUGUGGAGGCAACAGGUGGCCCGCGAGGGUGUUCUAGUCAUUAACUAGUCAAUAACGAAAUAUAUUUGUUAAACGAAAGAUGUAUUGAAUAUUUAAUUAAAUGUAAUAAAUUCGUCCACGAAUUUUGUGUUUACUCUUAUUUCCCAUCUCAGGGUAAUUAUGGAAUAUACCUAUUUAAGUUAUGUUUCAACUAUACUAAUAAAAAUAUUAUGAUAAGAAACAA